GAGAACAGUUAGUUAGCUACGUCAUCUCUCUGUCAGUUGGUGUCAACAGCGCACUUAUAAACAGACCUUGAAGUCACUGAGCGUGCCGUGAUUGCGCAUAAAUGAGUUACUUAUAUGCCAAGUGCUUCACAGCUUCAAGGGCACUUCAAGCUAGGGGCUGGUUGAAGUUACCUUGACUCACUGCAAUUGUUCUUAAAGGAUAAACUAAGAUGCCAACUGCUUUACACCACCAAGUCAAGUGAAGGAAAUGUGGCAGCGGGGAAAUCCACUCGACCAUGGGCUUCAUUCACUAUGCACCUCCAGCUGACAGGCUGAUGAGCCACAAUCAGCCCUGCCUGUCUGACUGGUCCAUGCUGUGGCUGUGAUUGAACCACUGUUCGAGAUGGUGUGUUGCCAUUUUUUAAGGAGACAUCAGGACAUUUCCCAGCAGCCCUAGUGGUGACCAGACUCCCUUCUCUUACUCCAGAUGAGCGUGCCUGCCUGUCAGGGCGACCAGAUUUGGAGCUGAAAGGUGUGCCGUUGUUACCAGUGACCUGCCAAGGAGGACAGGAAGAAAGAACGCCCACCAACUGAAGAUAUUAUCUGAGUGCCAGCUGGAGAGUGCAGAGGAAGCAUUUAAAGAGACACUGCAGCAGUUGAGUUAAAGUGCCACAUCGAGCUCCCACAGCAAAGGAAGAACUUGUCCGAACCCCCUCGCUGGGAUUGUUUAAGAGGAGCCGGGGAAGACAGCGUGCUGCCAGCAUCUGCCUGGCUUCCCAGCAUCGUCACCAUGAGUGAGAGUCGAAGGGAAGCGCUGGCUGCGGCGCCCGAGCCCACCACCACCUCCUCCGCCACGGCUGGCUCCAACACCACCAACAUGGCCGGCCCGGGCACCGGCGAGAAGGACGAGGCCUUUUCCAAGCUGAAGGACAAGUUCAUGAAUGAGCUGAACAAAAUACCAUUGCCUUCAUGGGCCAUCGUCUCCAUUGCCUUUGUGGCGAUCAUCCUGGUGUUAGCAUGCUGCUUCUGCAUCUGCAAAAAAUGGAUAUUAAAGAAGAAAAACAAAAAGAAGGGCAAAGACAAGGGCAAAAAUGCCAUCAACAUGAAGGAUGUCAUGGAUGGAGCCAAAACGGAGGCCUUGAAGGAUGAGGAGGAUGCGGAGACAGGGCUGACUGAAACGGAGAAAGAGGCCGAGCCCAAGGAGGACCAGAAACUGGGCAAAUUACAAUACUCCCUGGAUUACAAUUUCACAGAGAAUACGCUCAUGGUGGGGAUCAUCCAGGCCGCGGAGCUGCCCGCUAUGGACAUGGGUGGCACAUCCGACCCGUACGUAAAGGUCUACCUGCUGCCCGACAAGAAGAAGAAGUUUGAGACCAAAGUCCACAGGAAGACGCUCAAUCCUACCUUCAACGAGCAGUUCACCUUCAAGGUCCCCUACGUGGAGCUCGGUGGAAAGACGCUGGUCAUGACCGUGUACGACUUUGACCGCUUCUCCAAACACGAUGCCAUCGGUGACAUCAAGGUGCCCAUGAACAAGGUGGAUUUCAGCCACAUAACGGAGGAGUGGCGGGAUCUGCAGAGCGCCGAGAAAGAGGAGCAAGAGAAGCUGGGCGAUAUCUGCUUCUCCCUGCGAUACGUGCCCACCGCCGGCAAGCUGACCGUGGUCGUCCUGGAGGCCAAAAACCUGAAGAAAAUGGACGUGGGAGGCUUGUCAGAUCCAUACGUGAAGAUCCACCUGAUGCAAAACGGCAAGAGGCUGAAGAAGAAGAAGACGACAAUCAAGAAGAACACCCUCAACCCUUACUACAACGAGUCCUUUAGCUUUGAAGUCCCGUUUGAACAAAUCCAGAAAGUGCAAGUUGUUAUAACUGUUCUGGACUAUGACAAGAUCGGCAAGAACGAUGCCAUCGGCAAGGUCUUUGUGGGCCUCAACAGCUCGGGGACGGAGCUGCGCCACUGGUCCGACAUGCUGGCCAACCCCAGGAGACCCAUCGCCCAGUGGCACGUGCUGAAGCCUGAGGAAGAGGUGGACGCUCAGCUCUCCACCAAGAAAUAGGCAGGGCCCUUUCAGCACCUGCCUUGUAGUACUCUUUAGCCAGUAUGUGUAAAUACCUCAGUGAUAAAUGGGUCCAUCCAUGUAACCCCGCCCCCUCUCCUGAUAUCACAAUCAACCCUAAUUCCUGCGACAUCCCUCCCUCUGCUUUUUUUUUUCUAUCAAGUUCUGUUCGUUUCUCGCUUUCUCUUUCGUUUGUUCCUCUCUGAAUCAGCCGUUUUUGUUUCCAUCUCUGUGCCCUUAAUCGCCCCGACCAAAUGCCCCCUUCUUUUAAGCAAUAUGAUCUGUAUAGAUAGCGCAUGACUGAAAGAAUUUAUUGUACCACAGUUGUAUAUAUAAGUAUGCAGACAAAAAUGAUUUCUAGUUUAUGUGUUUGUAUGUUGUUACCCGUUUCCUAAUCUGUGUAUAUCUUGAUGUUUUUAAUAAGAUGUUCUAUUUUAAAUUAUGUAAAUGCAGAUAUAGAGGAAAGCCAAUAUUAUAUAUCCCAGGAUUUAAAAAUUCUACCUUAUUACCUUAUUGCAUUCCAGUAAAAAACAAGAUGAAUUCCAACCUGCAAGACACUAGUGGAAAUAUAUUCACAUUGUAAAGGACGAUGUCUGGCUAUAAGUUCACAGAACAGACGGAUAUGUACACACAGUUCUCCAAAAUACAAGGCCAUUAACUACUAUGGUUCUGAGGGAAAACAUUAUGCUGCUGGAAAUUAUACAAGCACAUGAUUUCGUAUGACUUUUUCUACUUAUUUCCCAAUCAGAGGACCUAUAUGUUUAGCUUGAUGCACAGAAACAGUAGUUGAAACAAACCGGUUAGCAUUGCAUUUCUCCAUGUUUGGCAGAAAUAGGUCCUCGUUUUCACUUCUACCAGCUCCUUUUCUUUCUCCAAAAAUGGAAAAUAUUGACUCCUUCAGAAACAGUCCCCAUGUGAUUAAAAAAAAAAAAACAAACAAAAAAAAAAGCACCAAGCUGUAGCCAUUGUGUCCUUAAGCUCGUUUAACAAUAUUUUGUUAACCGCUUACUUUGAACAGCCUUGUCGUUGUUGGAAGUAUAUCGCAUUUAAGGCCGGGGUCCGAUCUUUGAGAGGGCGUUUGAGAAAAAAAAACACACAUAAAAAAAAGCGUCGUGACUCUGGUUUUAAGAGGACUAUUUUUUAGAGCAAUUCAACGUCUUGACUAUUUUUAGUAAACUGCAUGAUUUUUUUUACAAUCUUUACUAAAGGCUGGGACGGGCGGGGGGGUGGAGAUCUACCGACACCAGGGGCUGUCUCUUCUGAUACGAUCCCCUUGCCUUCAAUCAGAGGAGAGGAAAGAAAGAAAAAUCAGGAGGGAUGUUCCAAAUGUGGGUCGACGUAUGCCAGCGUUGACGGAGGCGAAGUGAGUUUCUAAACACUGCCAUUUCCAGGGAGGUGACUUAUGUAGAGGCCCUCUCUUCAUGCACACUCCCACUUGCUAGUGGUUGUAGCUUUGGUUUAUCGGGAACAAUGUCUUUGGCUGCAGUGGUGCCCUUGAGUCGCAGUCUUUGCUUUGCGUUGCCUUCUCACAGUGACAAUAGAGUUAGCCAUGUUUUACUGCCAAUUUUAACUUUUACGUGGCUGCUGUUUUUGCACUGGAUGUCUUUAAACUCGCUUGUUGACUUCUUUAGAACGACAUUUUUGGACAAUUGUUGGCUUUAUUUCAGGACACCUGACAGAAAAUCCGCCUGCUCGAUCGGCUUAAUUAAAAGAAAUGACAAAUCACGUUUCAGCCAACAGCCGUUACAUCAGUUUUGUUUGUUUCUUGUUGGCACCGGACUACACCAAGAGAAGGAGAAAUAACCGUAAAGUUAAUGGUCUGCGUAGGCUAUUAGUCCAUCAUGUCCUUUACUACGGGUCCAAUUAGCAAAGGAAUAAGUUUUAAUCCAUGAAAACCAUGAAGUCUCUUAUCUUGGAGGAACCUCUUGCAUAUACUCGAUGCUAGCUUCAGGAGGACUUUCUAAAUGUUUUCAAUGUUAUUGUGUAGUUGAUAGCACUAUUAUGAAAAAGCUACUUGUCAUUCCAUAUGAGUCUCUGAGGACUGCUUUGUGUAUCACUGUGACUGCCGUGUGUGCUUAGAGAUGUAGACUUUAUCAGUAGGUAGCGAAAAACAGUUUGUUCUGUAGUGAUGUCGUAGCGUUUAAUGCCAUUUUCCCUUCUACACGCAGAGGAAGAGAGCGCGCGUGACGUCGCCCGACGAAAAAUAAAUAAAUAAAGAGGCGGAGGGUCGUUUUAUCCGAGCGCGAGCAGGUCGCUUCACACAGCAUUUUGUUGAGCACUGUGCAAUACUUGUAUGUUCAUCCCAUAGUGUUAACGUGGGUGGCGUCGCCCGAGAAAAAAGGAAAAAAAAAAAAAAAAAGGAUUCUAAAUCUUGAAGAGGAUGAUCUCAGUCCAGAGAGAUGUUUCUCCUUUCCAGUGAAAUGGUUAGGACACAGCACACGUAGAUUCAGCUUAUAGGUUGGAGCUUGACACCUCUGUUUAGGGUUCCCUCCCUUUUCGCAGGUUUGUUUUUCUCCUCUUGCACACAGUUCCAGCAUCAGAAGUUUCAGGGAGUGUUCGUUUUAAAACCAAACGAGAUUCUACAUUUAAAUAGCCCCUUAAAAAGAAAAAUGCCAUGUAUAUAUUUACAUAAUCGUGUCAAAAAUGUAUAUCUAGAAUGAAUAUAAAGUGAUUAUUCAGCCGCAGAAUAUCAGUUAAUCUAUCAUCCACAUACUAUAUCUCAUCAUCAUUACAUCAUCCUCAUUAUGGAUUUCUUUUUCUUUUUGUUAACUGCUCUGUUCAUUCAAAAACUCCUUUUAUAUUUGAGAUGAAAACUCUGAAUGUACAGUAUGGACUGUGUUGGUGUAGAUUACUUUUACCGUGAGAUUAGAUGUACUUUGCACUUUUUGGUUGUUAAAAGAAAGAAAAAGUCAUUGUGUUUAUAUUUUUUCAACUAUUACGAAUUGAUUUCAUAACUCUCCCCCCAGUCUGAUUCCCAAAAAUCACUGAAUAGAUAAAAACAGCCGCAUCCCCCGAUCCCUCUGUCACCGAGGGGUUCUCUUAUUAUUUGACAUGUUUCACAUAUGUAGAUCCAUGAACUCCAGUACAGCUUCAGAUUUAAAUCUAACAAAUGGAUUAAAGUACAGUCGAAAUAAUAAUUCCCCUAAAAUACUGACUUUAAGUAUUUCAAUCACACGUUUCACAAUUUCUAAUUCACAAUUCCUCUGCUUAAAGUACAAUAAUGCGAUUUUUCAGGUAUUAUACAUGAGUUUUAUGUAUAACACUAAAAAAUUUCAUCCAAAGAAUAAAAUUAGGUGGAAUUUUUAUGUGUGGUUGACACAAACUAUAUGUAAUUUCAGUCACACAUCCAAUUUCCAUGUUGCUCUUGUACACACGUUCUACGUAAAUUAUAUAUUUUAUCAUGCAGAGACGAAGUCUUAUGUGUGAUUGAAAUAAGUACGGCCGGUGUUUGAUGAGAUGUUAUUUUUAAAGGUUAAGUCUCUGUAAAAAGUGGCCCGAACAAUUCAAUAAUAACACAUAAAUGGUUGUACUUCCGGAAUAAUCUAAUCAUAGAUGAAUGAAAAUCAAACACAAAAGGGAAUUCAGUAACGAGCAGCACUGCAGGACCCUUUGGAUUGCGAGCGAAUCAAAAGCCAUUACCCCGCAGCACAAUGCUCCUCUUAUUGCAAUUUCCUGCCAAAGUAUGCACGCAUAAUCAAACCCCUAAAUUCUCCUCUUGUUGAAAAAAAAAAAAAAGGAAAACUUAUCAAGCUCUCUGUGUGACAAGAUUCUCUCCAGUGACAUUGACGAACAGCCACACUGACCUUUCAGAAACAAAGCUGUGUAAAGUAUUAGAAUCUGAUGCUGUAGAAAGAUCCUAGUUGCCUUUGUGUAUAUCAACUGCCUGCUUGAGUAUUUUGUGUGUGGAAAACUUUUCUCUGUAAUCUUGUAGAACUGUUCGGGGUGUUUUUUCCUGCCAUAUCGCUCGCGGUGACAGCGAGCCGCUGACGGUUAUAUUUGCUGUGUAUACCUUCAUUUUUGACGAGGUGUUUUACAGUUUUGUUUCACUUUGUGUAGUGAUUCACUCUGUGGAGUUUUCUGACUGUUGUUAUAUAACUUCAUAUACACAAAUGAUCAAUAAAAAUGUUUUAUUUCCUGUUGAUACAGAAGCUUA